AUGGGAGAAUUCACUUGGAGAGAAAUAUCAGCAUGUGGCGCUACAGCAUUAGGACUACUUUGGUCUUUAAAUCAACUUUAUAAGAGUUAUAAUAAUUCAAAAUUAACAAAAUUAUCACCACCAACUGUGGGAGUUGAAGGAUUAAUUGGUAAUACUCCAAUGAUUUUAAUUAAAUCACUUUCCAAGGAGACAGGUUGUAAUGUUUAUGCUAAAUUAGAAUACCUAAAUCCAGGUGGUAGUGCAAAAGAUAGAGUUGCUUUAGCUAUAAUCCAAGAUAAAGUUUCCCAGGGUUUAUUAAAACCAAAUGGGACAGUUUAUGAAGGAACUUCAGGUAGUACAGGUAUAAGUAUAGGUACUGUGGGGAAUUCAUUAGGUUACAAAUCAGAAAUUCAUUUACCUGAUGAUACUUCACCUGAUAAAUUAGCAUUAUUUGAAACUUUAGGUGUUGAUAUAGUUAAAGUUAAACCUGCAUCUAUUGUAGAUCCAAGUCAAUAUGUUAAUAGUGCUAAAAAUGCUUGUGAUAAUAAUGAUGGAAGUGGUGGUGUAUUUGCUGAUCAAUUUGAAAAUGAUUGUAAUUGGAAAAUUCAUUAUAAUACAACAGGACCUGAAAUUUUUAAACAAUUAAAUGGUAAAAUUGAUAUUUUCAUUGCAGGUUGUGGUACUGGUGGUACAAUUGCAGGUGUAUCAAAAUAUUUAAAACAAAAUAUUCAAACCAUAACUACAAUAUUGGCAGAUCCUCAAGGUAGUGGUUUUUUCAAUAGAAUAAAUUAUGGAGUUAUGUAUACAAAUGAAGAAAAAGAAGGUACAAGAAGAAGACAUCAAGUUGAUACAAUAGUAGAAGGAAUUGGAUUAAAUAGAAUAACUCAUAAUUUUGCACAAGGUGAAGAAUUUAUAGAUGAAUCUAUUAAAAUCACUGAUGAACAAGCUAUUAAAAUGGCUAAAUAUUUAAGUGUUAAUGAUGGAUUAUUUAUUGGAUCUUCAACAGCAAUUAAUGCAGUUGCUACAUUAAAAGCUGUAAAGCAAAAAAAUCUUGAAAAUACAGGGAUUAAUAUUGUUAUUAUUGCUUGUGAUAGUGGUACAAGACAUUUAAAUAAAUUUUGGAAAGAAGCAUUAAAAAUUGAUAAUAAUGUUAGUAUAGAUGAUAUUUUACAAUAA